AUGAUGGUGAAUGGCGGAACGACAAAACGCUGCGCCCACGCUGGAACGCAAGCAAGGCAGAACUCGCUCCCGUGGGCUACCCACCUCAGCCAGAACGCGGCCAAGAACGCCAUACGCAAUGUCGGCAAGGCUGUCUCCAGGUGGGGAGAGUACAGACGUGCGCUGAGAGAAGGCAGACCUGCGCGAUACAUCGGCUUUCCUCGCUGGCGCAAGCGCGGCGUACACGACAGCUACCAGGCGGACAACGGACGAGGCACAGUGCGAGUGUGCGGACGGAGCGUGAGACUCCCUCGAAUAGGCUGGGUGAAGAUGCGAGAGGAGCUCAGGUUCGAGGGCGAGAUCACAACCGUGGUCGUGAGCAACGACGGCAUCCGCUGGUAUGCGGCGAUAGGCGUGGAUACCAAGACAGCCCCGCCACCCAAGCGCCAGGGGGAGGCCGUGGGAAUUGACAUGGGCGUAAGAGACGCUCGCGACACUGUCGGACGGGACAGUCAUCGAGAACCCGAGAGCCUUGGCAUCUGCGCUUUCGGCCCUGCGGCGUGUGGACAAGGCGAUAGCCCGCUCUCGGAACACUCACGGCCACAACAGGCGGUCAGCCCGCAGACAGAGAAUGUACGAGCGGCGCAGAGAGAGAGGCAAGUCGCAUAUCUGGGCGUGCAUCCACAGACACUCAGAACGUGGGCGCGGGACGGUCGCAUUGACUACAUCAGGACCGAAGGCAACCAGCGCAGAUAUGAUGUCGAUUCAUACCUUGGACAAUCCAGACCAGCACAGACCGUCUGCUACUGCCGCGUCUCGUCCAAGAAGCAGUCGGCAGACCUCGACAGGCAGGUCGCCUUCAUGCGAGAGCGAUACCCUGACGCCGAGAUCGUCCGCGACGUCGGCUCCGGACUCAACUUCAGGCGCAAAGGCCUACUUGCCAUACUGGAGCGACUACACCAGGGAGAUAAGCUCCGUGUUGUGGUCGCCUACCGAGACCGUCUUGCGAGGUUUGGAACCGAACUCAUCGAGACGCUGCUCGAGCGCAACGGCGGGGAGCUCGUGGUUCUCAAUCAGCGAGACCUCAGCCCCGAAGAAGAGCUCACGACUGACCUUCUCGCCAUCCUCACUGUCUUCGGAGCCAGGUUUAGGUCAGGCAAUGCAGGCGAUGACGGCUCCAUGUUCCGAGGGACGACACUUACUAAUAUCGUCUUCGAUCCCGGACUGAAGCUCACGUCAGUAGGGUUCAUCAACGCCGAUUUGUCCUACUCCCACUUCAUAGAUGUGGACCUUCAGCACGCCGAUCUCAGAAAUACCACAGCGACUGAUACGGACUUCAGCGGCGCCGACCUCAGGAGUGCAAAGAUGAAAAGCUUCAAGCUCAACACCGACCUUUCUGGGAUGGAUCUCUCGGGCGUGGACUUUGAGGAUGUGGAACUUGAGGGUGCGGACCUGUCAAAGGGCACAUUUGAAGAUGGCAAAUGGUAUGAGGUGAACCUUUCGGAAGCCGACUUGACCGACGCUGAAUUCAUCGACAUUGACUUCGACGAUGCUGAUUUCGACAAUGCGAUUCUAGAUGAUGUAGAUUUUGAGGACUGCGACCUAACAGGGGCGGAGAAUAUGAGUGACGCCAAAGAAUCCACCAAGUCAACUGGGAAGACACAACCUGCCCAGACGGGACGAAUAGCGACAACAACCCAAACGACAGUUGUUACCCUAACAAUCUCAACCCAUCGAAUUAAGAAAGUUCAGUAA